AUGAGUGAAAACGAUAUGGUUGAUCCUGAAAUUAAAAAUCUAUUAGAUCGUUUUGGAAUUGAUCAUGAAUUUGGCUUUUUGCUCAAAGAUCCAUUAAUCAAAUUGUCCGAGAAGUAUCAUUUAUGGCAUGAACUUGUCGAUGAUCUUCCACAAUUGAUUCAAUGUAAAAAUUUCGAUCAAAAAAUCAAAAAUCUGCCAUUAAUUGACACAAAUCAAAUUCGUACUUAUCGAGAGCUUCGACUGGCACAUCUCUUGCUUUCUACGAUUGCUUCUGGCUACAUUUGGGCCGAUGGACCACAAAAACCUAAAUUAUUGUUACCGAAACAAAUCGCAAUCCCACUUUAUGAAGUCAGUCAAGCUGUUGGUCUAAAACCAAUCAUUUGCCAUGCUUCUGCUUGUCUCGCUAAUUAUCAAACAGUCAAUCAAAUCAGCGGCCAUCAGCGGUUCAAGGCUGAUGAUAUGAAAUUAAUUGCUGCUCGAUUCAUCAAACACAGAGGAAAUGAAUGGUUCUUUUUAGUUGCUGCUCAGGUUUGCUAUAUAUAUUUAGUGGAAUAUGAAUUAGCACCAGCUCAUAUAGCGAUUCUUAUUGCUUGUCACCAUCUUAAACUUUCCGAAAAUACACUCAUAACGAUUCGCAAUUCACUUCUCAAUGCAAGUGAUACUAUGAAGCGAAUGAAUGAAAACUUGCCACCCGAGGUAUUUUAUCGUGAUCUUCGAGUUUUUCUUUCUGGCGUUGAAUUAGAACCGCAACAGCUUAGUGGUGCAUCUGCAGCGCAGAGCUCAUCACUACACUUAAUUGAUGCUUUUCUUGGCAUAAAACAUUCUGGCAGUGAAGCUAUAUUUCUGGCUGAGCAGUGUGCUUAUAUGCCAAAGGAACACUGUGACUUUAUAGAAUGGGUUCGUUUACGUCGAGCACAAAUUAUGGAUUUUCGUCAUGAUAAAUAUUAUAAUGAAGCUAUUGAUGCUUUAAAACUCAUUCGAAGUCAACAUUUCGCAUUGGUUAGUUUAUAA